CACACACUCCACACUCGUGUACACACACACAGCCCUAGUGAUUCAACCCUGAUUUCCAGCGUACGAGCAAGCAACAGACGGGAUGCCAAAAAGUGAGGACCGGUGGAGAGGUUAUUCGCGCUGAAUAAGCCUCUUGAAGAGAUAGCGGAGGAGGCAGACGCAACAAAACAAGACGAGAAGCUGCGCUGUUUCUCCGCGGCAACUUGCGCACAGUGCCAGAGUUUUAGCGGCAGUAUUGUUCAGACUUCACUCCAGAGGGGCCACUCCGAGGAGAGGGGACGCACACAAAAGGGAAAAGGAAAGGACUAACGAGCACGCUUUGUCGUUUAAAGUAAUGGUCCUGCGGUCUUAGAUCCUAGAUUUCUCUGUCUCUCUCUCUCUCUGUUUCUUUCCAUUUUUUUUUGUUUUUGAAUUUUUUCGUCCCGUCGGUUUGUGUCCCCCUUUGUCGCCGCGAGAGAGUGGACGCGCCGGGGGCUCGAGGAGCAGAAGCGGGCUGUCCACAUGGUCCAACCACUGGCGUGAAAGUUGACUUCUUCAGAAAACAAGAGAACAGGUGCCAGUGAUGAUGGUGGAAUCAGCCUCUGAGACCAUUCGAACGACGCCGUCCAACCAGAACGGAGUCAGCAGCCUCAGCAGCCAGUCAGAUGGAGGAGGAGGUAGAGAGGGCGGGUCUAACGGAGACACCAACGGAGAGAUCAGCCCAGUCGAUUUACUACACCUGCAACAGCAACAGGCGCUUCAGGCAGCCAGACAGUUCCUCCUCCAGCAGGCCUCUGGACUCAACUCCCCUGGCAGCAAUGAGGUCAAACAGAGCCCUGUGCAGGUUCCUGUGUCCAUGGCUAUGAUGAGUCCACAGAUGAUCACUCCUCAGCAGAUGCAACAGAUUCUGUCUCCCCCUCAGCUCCAGGCCCUGCUGCAGCAACAGCAGGCUCUAAUGCUACAGCAGUUACAGGAAUAUUACAAAAAGCAGCAGGAGCAGUUGCAUCUCCAGCUUCUGACUCAGCAGCAACAGCAGCAGCAGCAGCAGGCUGGGAAGCAAGCGGCAAAAGAGCAGUUAGGCAGUAAGCAGUUGGCCUUCCAGCAGCAGCUGAUCCAGAUGCAGCAGCUCCAGCAGCAGCACAUCCUCAACCUCCAGAGACAAGGUCUGGUCCCACUGCAGCCCACCGCCACCAUGCAGUCUCUGCAGCAAGCGAUGUGUCCGUCAGACCUCCAACAGCUGUGGAAGGAGGUGUCGGGGGUGCAGAGCAGUGAGGAUGCCCUGAAACAGGCCGAGGGCCUGGACUUGAGCACCAACAGCUCCAAUUCUACCUCAGCCUUCGCCAAAGCUGCCAGCGCUCACAUCCCACUGCACAGCCUGGUCAACGGACAGAGCCACACCCCAAAGAGAGACAGAGCCAGACUGUUUGAGUGGAUAUCCUCCUUCACCAAGGCAGACAGCGGAGAUGACCACGUCCCCCUUUACUCCAAAGGCAACCAACCCCCCAGCAGCCAUCAUGAGGAACAUGCCGGCUCCCAUCCUCUCUACGGCCAUGGAGAGUGUAAGUGGCCUGGCUGUGAAGCACUGUGUGAGGACAUGGGACAGUUCAUCAAGCACUUGAACAAUGAGCACGCCCUAGAUGACCGCAGCACUGCUCAGUGCCGAGUCCAGAUGCAGGUGGUUCAACAGCUGGAGAUACAGCUGGCGAAAGAGAGUGAGCGACUCCAGGCCAUGAUGGCCCACCUGCACAUGCGCCCUUCAGAGCCAAAGCCUUUUAACCAACCUCUGAACCUGGCUUCCAGUGGCGCUCUGUUAAAGCGAGACAGCGAGGCCUACCCAGAGGGUCUUCCGCACCCCCCCACCUCAGCUGCCACCCCCAUCACCCCACUGCGCCAGGGACCCUCGGUCAUCAGCUCCUCCAGCCUGCACACACACUCUCACUCCCACACGCACGGUGUUGGGCCCAUACGUAGGCGCAACUCCGACAAGUACUGCACCCCCAUCGCCUCAGAGCUGGCACAGAACUGUGAGUUCUACAAGAACGCUGAUGUCAGGCCUCCCUUUACCUAUGCCUCUCUUAUACGUCAUGCCAUUCUGGAGUCCCCAGACAGACAGUUGACUCUCAAUGAGAUCUACAACUGGUUUACACGAAAGUUUGCCUAUUUCAGGAGAAACACAGCCACAUGGAAGGCAGCUCUGGCAGAAAGCAGUCUGUCCCUGCUGAACAGCCCUUCCCUGCUGACCCCUCCGUCUGCGGCCAGCCUCAACAUGCUGCAUGUGGGCCACGAUGAUGUCAGCUCCACUGUGGAGCAGGUCAACAGUAACGGGAGCUGCAGCCCCACGCUCAGCCCUCAACAGUACAGCCACCCGGUGCAUGUGAAGGAGGAGCCCACUGAGGUGGAGGAGGACAGUCGGCCAGUAUCCCUCCUGGCUGGUGUCACACACAGCUUGCCAUUGCCAAGCGACGAGCGCGACCUGGAGGAGGAUCUCCCCACAGAGGAGCUGGAGUAGGACCGAUCCAAGAUGGAGCAGAGGGACGCAACAUAGCGAGAUCAGUCCCUGAGCCCUCUCGUCAGCGUGAAGAGGAAAAGAUCGCUACAGUACACUUAAAAGAAAAGAGAGAAAAAAAGAGAAUGUUUUUUUUUGUUUUGUUUUUAAGAAAAUGCAAGCAACCAAGGACGACAUUGAGAAACUCCAAACAGGGUUAGAUGACCUCCGUUACUUUCAGACGCAAAAACAAGACUGUGGAGCACUGCUUUACCUCCAUGUGUUUCUUUUCCAACACAUGGCUCAGAGGUGUAACACCACUCAAUGCAUACACACUCACACAAAUACACACACACACACGCACACACACACACACAAACAAACAAACACACUUAUUCACAGAAAACCAUGUUUCAUCCUCCUACCUGGUCAAACCAGCCUCAGUGUAGAGACCUUAGAGGUUUGGACACACACUCUCCUCCUCGCCUCACCACUCUGCAUACACCCUCUUCACUGUUGUCUCAGGCUGCCUGGCUAGCCGUUUUUAUCUCUACGUCAAUGGAGAAGACACACAGGUGUGUGUCAGAAAGAGAAAGACACACACAGGAUCAUGUGUAUAUAGAUUUGGGGCAGUCACCAGGGGCUGUGCAGUAUACCUCUCCUUCUUCCCCCUCUUUGAGUCGAUCACUUGCUUUUUCAUUUUCUUUGAUUUGAUUGAAAUGAAACUGUUUGGCUUUAAGAUGGGAAAGAAGGAAGAGUGCUUUCAAAGAUUACCUCCAACAGUGCUCCAACACCUCUGCAGAGAAGUGAGCCCACGGCGAGGCUGACCUGACAGAGGUGGCCCUGGUCCCUGUCCAAACUUUUGCCCCCCCAGCAAGACACUUAGUGACAGACAUGUUUUAAACUCUUUGCUUCUAAGUGAGAAAAAAAGAAGACAUUUUCCUACACCCACCUUUAUCCUUUCCCAUCCUUCCCAUCCCAAAAAGACUGCAGGAAUAGGACCAUUUGGUGCUGUCCUUCUCCUCUCCUCCGUACAUGGAUGGAGGGAGGGAGCUUGGAACACUUUGAGAACGAGAAGAAAAGAGGGGAAGCAGAGAGAAAUGAGGGAGGAAGCGUCUACAGAAAUAUUGUGACUAAAAAAGAAAACUGUUGAUGAUUAUGGAAUAUAACAAGAAAAAAAAUGUGUGGUAGCUUUUGUCAUUUCCUUUUUUAUUUGAUGUUAUUAUCAUUGUUUAUUUUUGAGGAUCAAUAUUUCCACGGUGGCGUUCUGUUUCGACGUACCUUUUCUAAGGAUGCUGUUUUUGUUUUUGUAUUGUAAUUUGUUUGAUUUACUCUGGCUGUUCACACCAUUCCAAAUGAGUAUUGGCAAAAAAAAAAAAAAGAAGAAAGCGCAGUAUUGUCCCAACUUGUGAUACCCGAACCCCACUCCUGUCCCUUUCCCUUUCUGCCCCAAGUGUAGCAGGCAAGAAAUUUGGAAAUAGCACUUAAAGUUGCCAUUAUCCAGACAGAUUAUUUAACAGCUGAACCUUGUUUUGUCUUUUUAUUCUCUUUCAUUCACUUGUUUUCGGUUGUGUAUUUAGUUGAGAAAUAUCAGUAAUGCUUUAAAAAUAUAUAUAUUAUUACUGCAGUCAGAGAAUACCUCAUCCCACAAAGGUUCUGCCUGGAACUGUGUCCAAAUUGAUAAACAAAUAAGGGGGAAUUCUUUCUGUGGGACACCAAAUGUGGCGACUCUGCUCAGCUUCGAUUCAAAGCUCUAUGGUUGUAAUAGUUACUGUGUAGAAGCUAUCUGCAAUUCACUGUGUGAGUUUGUGUUAAAGAAAUAGCAUGUGAGAUUUAUUUUUUUGUUUGUUUUCCGUGAGCAUAAAAGCAUUACUUUUCUCUACGGUGCCAUACCAAAUUUAACAUUUAUUUUAAUCUAUUAUCUGCUUAUUCCCAUCUUAUUUUUGUUACAGGUAACCAAAGAAAUAUGUAGAAAACCAAAAACCCUGUAGUUUAUUUUGCCCUUUUUGAGUUUCUUUUUCUUCUUCUUAGAGAAUUGGCCAAAAGACAACAAACCAGGAGUUUGAAUUCUUGUUAUUGUAUUCAUAUAACUAUUGUGUUAAACUUAUACAUGAUUUACAGUGCUGACCAUUCCAAAAACCAAAGUGUUUAAAGCAAACCAGAAUUUGAAGACAUCAAAGCUUUUACAUGAGAAGCAGUUACAAAUGACUUACAAUAGGUAUGAGGCCAAAAACUAGUAUUAACAAACCUCGCACAGUUCCUCUGAAAAACAAAAAAAGACAAAAGCACUUAUAGGUGAAACCCUGUCUCUGCCACGCUCAGGCUGAACUGUGUUCCAAACACAAUCCUAGGACUGGCCCCACUACCGUAUGAGCAGGCCCGAAAAUUAGGCACUCGUGAGACAUUUGAACACAACAUAUAUUUAAAUUUACAGCCGGACAUUCCAACAAAAAGAAAGGUCAAAUUCAGAAUUAAAAUAUUUGGUUCCGUCAAAUCAACUUGGCUUUAUAUGAUACUUUGGUGCUGUGGAAAUUUAAAAUUUUCAAUCUAGGAAACAAAAAUACCCUCUUGGUCUGUAUCUAAUAUUUGCAGGAAGAGGAAGUGUACUGUAAUGUGGUUACAAAACUCACAGCUUUGGACAGGGAGGAGUUAUUCCAAAAACAUAUAUAUUACACUAAAGAGGGAACAACUAAACAUAAUAAGAAUAUAUCAAUGUAAGAGGAAAACAACCAAGGGACAUCAUGUAAUUAAAAGUUGGGUUCAUAUUUUCAUACUUUUUCUCAAACUAUCUCUUGCACUUCAGACAAUUUUUCUUAUUUAAUGAAAGAACCUUUCUGAUAACUUUGUGUUCAAACAGGACUGUUUCCUGUCACAUUAGAGACUGAUUUCUAACAAAGUACAAAGUGGCAGACAGGCAUCUUGAAACAAGAUAAAAACCAAAAAUAACACUACCUCCUUUUCAAAAUAGUUCAACACAUAUAGCCAAUGGGAGACUAAACUCUCUUAAAUAUUUUUUUUCCUCCAUUCUUCCUGGAUGAUAAUAAUGAAUGCCAAAAUUGUUAUUACACUUACUGUAUAACUGACAAAAAAAGAAAAAAAAGAAGCUAUUUGGCGAUCCGUACUCCCUAACACAUCCGCUUGAGCCCAAAAACAGAGAGACGUUUCACUUUCCAUUGAAUUAAAAAUGACUACCUCUCCUUAAACCACAUCUAAAGCACUCUCUACGUCUCAAAGUGUGUUGUGAAGUGCUAACUAUAUAUCAGAGGUUUUCUAUCAGCUGUGUUAAACUGACCAUAUUCCUGCACCCGGUUAGCACUGAGCUAUGUGAACAGCCUCACAACUGUGUGCUUUGACUGUAUGUGUGCAUAUUCAUGAUAUCAGUCAAAAACUGGUCUUUAAUGGCUAUGUGGUGUUGCAGAGAGCUGGUUGUCAGGGGUAAUGAUGAGCAGAUUAUAUCAGUGCCACACACACA